CCUUAAUUUGCGUUGAGAAAUCGACACUAUCGUCACUUCAAAUUCGAUCUAAGACAGCAGAAGAAAAUCAACAGAGUAUCGAUUGGACGGGAGCAUUGCAUUAAAAUUCACGUGUGCCCGAGUUCAUAAUUUCAUCUCUGUCUUCAACGAUCAAAUCGAUCAGACUUACUUUAACACUUCAGCAUGAGUGCAUACGGAGCUGGCAAAGCAAAAGAUACUGAUUUUAGACGUACAUGGGAUAAAGCAGAAUAUGCAGCCAAGGCAAAAGCUCGGGAAGAGCGAGAUCGUUUAGCUGAAAUCAACGAUGAACGAAGAAAACGAGGUUUACCACCUAUUCGUCCCAAAAAGAAAGAUGAAGAUGAGAAAGUCGAGAAAAAAGCUUUACAGGCAAGAGAGUCUGGCGUUGAUCUCGAAAAAAAUGUUGGUAAAAUUCAAGUCGUGCAAUCUGUUGACUCGAGAAAACAGCCAGGCUUCUAUUGUGAAGCUUGCGAUGUGACGAUAAAGGACAGUGUUACUUAUUUGGACCAUUUAAAUGGAAGAAAGCAUUUGGCCAAUAUGGGUAUGUCGACGAAGGUUGAGAAAGCAGACGCAAGCAGUGUCAAGGAACGACUAGCUAUGUUGAAACGCAAACGGGAAACAAAGGCAGUAAACGAAGAAUAUAGUGAGUGA